AUGCAGAAUGAUGUCCUGGCCACCGGUAUCAUGUCCUUUGUUAUCCACGAGGUCUUCUACUUUGGCCGAUCUCUUCCCUGGAUCUUUAUCGAUAGUCUGGGUCUCUUCAAGAGAUACAAGAUUCAAAGUGGCAAAGUACCUUCAUUACGCGAGCAGUGGGAUUGCGCCAAGUUUGUGCUCCUGAGUCACUUCACCGUCGAACUUCCUCAAAUCUGGCUCUUCCACCCAAUGGCACAGUACUUCGGUCUAUCAACAUCGAUCCCCUUCCCGUCUCCCUGGACCAUGGCAUAUCAGAUUGCACUAUUCUUCGUGAUGGAAGACACUUGGCAUUACUUCUGUCACCGAGCCAUGCACUGGGGUCCGCUCUACAAGUCCAUUCACAAAAUCCACCAUCAGUAUUCCGCCCCAUUCGGCUUGGCCGCCGAAUACGCUUCUCCGAUUGAAGUAAUGAUCCUCGGCUUCGGGACCGUCAGCUCCCCAAUCCUCUGGUGUGCUCUCACCGGUAACCUGCAUAUUCUCACCAUGUAUAUCUGGAUUGUGUUGCGGUUGUUCCAGGCUAUCGAUGCCCACAGCGGCUACGAGUUCCCCUACAGUCUUCACCAUUUCUUGCCUUUCUGGGCUGGUGCUGAUCAUCAUGACCUACACCAUGAGAAGUUCAUUGGGAACUACGCAAGCAGCUUCCGCUGGUGGGAUUACCUCCUCGACACUGAGUACACCCCGGAUGCCCUGAAGCGCCGAAGAGAGAGAAAGGUUACGGCAAAGACACAAUAA